UUUUACUUUCCGCUUUUUACUCCGAACACGAACUAACUUGAUCGUCGUAGGCAGAACUCCGAACAGUCGGAGCUUCCGUUUGUUUGCAGGUACAACCAGCGAGGACCCAAUCUUGGUGACGUAACUCCCUCGCAGGACACAUAAAAAACCCCGAAAUGCACCUCAUUUUAUGAAUAUCCCAUUUAAAUUACAAUUAAAUCCAAUUUGUUGGACUUUAUUAUUAAUUAAAUGAGUCUAAUUAAAAUAAAUAACAUGGGUUAAAGUAACCCAGAUUAAUUAUUUAGUCAAUAUUUACGAGUCAAUCAUUUGACAUUGACCCGAAUAUUAUGUAACGAGACUUGAUAAAAUUUCCGUGCCUACACCAGGCCACGCAAAUUUUUUCCAAUUACAGUACUUGUUGACAUCCUUCCUUCGCUGUAAGUUUGCAAGCAUGGUUGAGCUCGAGCAUUCCUCAUCAAGUCUAGCUCAAAAAAGCCAAGUAAAGACCUUCAUUCCACAAAUUGGACACUGUUCCGGCCAAUUUGUAAUCCGGGCAAUUUAACUCUACUCGAUAAAUCCACACGGUCACCACUAAUUGGUCAUCAUUCCACAAACCCCGCAUUAAUCACCCAAAAUCCCUUCCCGCUCAAAUACCCCACUUCCCCAAAUCUCUCCUUAUCUCUCCUCCAAUUCCAAGAUGUCCCUAACUUCCGCCUUCGCCGGCGACCGUAAAUUCCGGCGAAUCCCUAAAACCCCACUUCUCCCUGAAAAACACCACCACUACUACGACAAGCACCACCACCCUCACCCCACUGAACACGCCGAGGGCUUCGACGGCGCCUCAUUCUCAGGCGCCGUCUUCAAUCUCUCCACCACCAUUGUCGGCGCCGGAAUAAUGGCUCUUCCCGCAACCUUCAAGCAGCUCGGCCUUAUUCUUGGUGUAACCCUAAUUAUCCUCGCCGCUUUUAUGACUGAAUUCUCAAUCGAUAUGAUUCUUCGAUUCAGUAAGGCCUAUAAGUCUAACUCUUACUCUUCUGUUGCUGGCGAUGCUUUCGGUGUUUUCGGUCGUACUAUCUCGCAAGUUUGCAUUAUUGUCAACAAUCUUGGGCUGCUUGUCGUCUAUUUGAUCAUCAUUGGGGAUGUGUUGGCCGGAACAGUGACAAAGGGAUUAUCACACCAUAAAGGAUUAAUGGAGGAAUGGUUUGGACAACAAUGGUGGUGGACGUCACGCUCAAUUUGGCUCCUUCUCACAACAUGUUUUGUUAUUGCGCCUCUCAUUUCUUUUAAGCGUGUCGAUUCACUGAGGUAUACAUCAGCUUUGUCUGUGGGUUUGGCUGUUGUGUUCGUUGCAAUUACAGCAGGAGUAGCUAUUGUAAAGUUGUUGGAGGGGACCAUAAAAAUGCCUCCAUUGUUUCCCAAAGUAGUGGACCAAGCUUCAUUCUGGAAGCUCUUUACGACAAUUCCAGUUUUAGUGACUGCAUAUAUUUGCCACCACAAUGUGCAUCCCAUUGAGAAUGAACUUACAGACCCUUCUCAAAUGAAGUCAAUUGUUAAAACGUCACUCAUGUUGUGUUCCUCUGUGUACGUUGCCACCAGCUUUUUUGGCUUUCUUUUGUUUGGGGAACAGACACUAGACGAUGUGCUUGCUAAUUUUGAUGGAGACCUCGGGAUUCCAUAUAGCUCACUGUUAGAUGAUGUGAUUAGAGUGAGUUAUGGUGUCCACUUGAUGCUUGUGUUCCCCAUUGUAUUCUACUCCCUUCGUCUCAAUGUGGAUGGGCUGUUAUUUCCACAUGCCAUACCCAUAGGAUAUGAUAAUAAAAGAUUCUACUCAUUGACUGCAUGCCUAAUGGGUUUUAUAUUUCUGGGUGCCAACUAUGUGCCUAGUAUAUGGGAUGCAUUUCAGUUUACCGGUGCUACUGCUACUAUAUCUGUUGGAUACAUCAUACCAGCUGCAAUUGCCCUUAGAGACAACCACGGCAUUGCAACAAGGAAAGAUAGAUUUAUAUCAUGGGUAAUGAUUCCGUUAGCAGUGUUUUCAAGUACUGUGGCCAUUACAAGCAACAUUUAUAGCCUCGUGACCAAUAAUGAACAUGAAUUUUGAGCUAUAAUGGAGUCCUAAACUGGGCACAACACUCUAUUUAGCACUAUGCCCUUGAUCGAUACGCGAUUACAAAAAUUUGUGUUACAAAAAGGUUUUUCAAUUGGGUUUGGUAGAAGAUUCAGAAGGUUGCAGAGAUGUGUUUUUGGGUUAUUAACAUAAAAGCAACAUUUGUGCAGCACCAGUAACAAGAGGAGGUUGUACGUAGAAGAAAAUUCUGCAUAUUUUACUGAAGAACACCAUAUGUUGGUGACUGGUGCCUGAAAAAGAGGUUAUUUUUCUGUUUAUAUAUUUAUUUAAUCAUUUAUUUUUAUAAAGAGAAAAAACAAGGUGAAUAACUUGAGAUAUUCAUAUAGAAGUACAAAGUAGUUGAAUUACAGAAGCAUGGAGGUAACAUAUAAUAAGAAAGAGCAUGUUGAAACAUCCUUAUUGGUUUAUGCCAAUCUAUUUGCAAUUAGGUUGGUUUUGUGGAUUAUAGGAAAUUUGACAUAGGAAUACUUGAAAGUAUGUUCUGUAGCUUUCCAGUGAAAUACGAGAGGUCUUAGCAAGUGGCAAAAGGUGAAUGUGCAAUCAUCCAACAGUGUAACACUAACAAAUUUCAUUUGUGCAGCAUAAUGUUUAAUUGUUAUAAUUAGUUUUUA